AUCUCCCCCAACGAAAUUCAGUGAAGUUAACUAACUACCAUUCAAAAACAUUCAAUUUUAGUACAAGUGUUGUGUAGCAUGUAGGUGUCGGAGUUAGUCUAUUGAGAUGGCACAAGAAAUAGAAAACUACCCACAAGUCAAGCCAAAGCCUUCCCCACAGUUAAUGCCUUCUCACUCUGUGGAGCUACGAAUCGCCACCAUGAUUCCCACAACUUCAUGGUUUACACCCAAGAGGUAAUGUAAUGCACCUUUUCUGUUUCCGUUCCCACCUCCAAGAUCCGUGCUUGGUAAGUAAAGGAGAGAAACAUUUAAACCAAUUCUGGGUCUUUUUGAAUUUUCAUUUUUUGGUUGGUGGGUGAAAGCAAGUCGAUGUUCUUACGAAGUGUUUGGUGGUUUUUGGCCCUGUGAUUACUUAAUCCUUGUGUCUUGUUUGGUAGGCUACUUGCCAUAUUUUGUGUGAUUAACUUGUUAAACUAUGUGGAUCGAGGAGCCAUAGCAAGCAAUGGUGUUAAUGGAAGUAGGGGAACAUGCACUGACGGUGGUACCUGCACUUCUGGUACUGGAAUACAGAGGGGUUUUGCCAGUGUUUUCCAUUUUAAAGCUAGAGAUUCUCAUAUUGUACAAUUGAUAUAAUAGCUGAAAAGGGCAGGGAGAAAUGAAACCCAAAAAGAGGGGUUGGGCAGAUGGAAAAAGCAUUUCUUUGGUCACUUUUUAUUUUCUGUGAUUAAAGUGGGAUGAUUGCUUAUUAAUUCAAUGAAUUUUAAAAAGGAGCCAGUAAAUUAUUCCUGCGUAUGAAACUCCAAAAAGGCAAAAGAAGUAAGCUAAUUGGAACAGGAAACCAAGAUUUUAUCGUAUGUACUAACAGGCAGUUCUCAUGUAAUAGGAAAUCUGAGUUACUGCUUAGGAUAAAUCAUAAUUAUUGAUUAUAUUUUGCAUGUAUUUCCUUGGCCACCGUCGAACAACAACUGACACGAAAAACUCAAUGCCUGUGGUCAAAUUUAAAAAUUGUCUCUAAUCUUGAUCCAUAUUCUUGUUAUAUUCAGCAACAACAUGCUUAAUAUAGCUGUCAAAGGUUUUGAAUCAUUAGUGCAUGAGUAACCAAAUUAUCGAACCUAAAUUUUCAAAGUUACAUCUUUGGUUUUACAUGCUCCCUUCCUCUUUCAGAGUGAGAAAUCAAGAAAAGGGGGUAUUAUCAUGGCUUUAAAAUGUGGUUUUCCUUAAAAAGAUGAAUAAGAAAUGAAAGCAAUCUAAAUUGAAAAGGCAUUCAUGCAUGAUAUCCUUAAAUUAUUGCAAUAAGAAGAGAAAGAAACCGGGGCUCUUGCAUGUUGAAGCCUAGUUUUUGCCCUAUUGUUAUGCAUGCUUGUCAAAAUGGAGAAACAUAAAGCCAGCAAGAUGUAGAAUUUAAUUAUAGUCCAAGAUAAUUUGUUGCCUGUAUAGGCUACUCCAUGUGUUAUAUGUCAUGACAUUAAUAAUGUAAUGUGCAGAAGUAAAUUUUCAGCCAUUUAGACAAAAUAUUUUUCUCCUUUUUCGUAGGGGGGAUUUUAACCUGAAUAAUUUUGAAGAUGGAGUUUUAUCAUCUGCUUUUAUGGUUGGACUUCUUGUGGCUUCUCCAAUAUUUGCCUCUCUUGCAAAGAGUGUAAAUCCAUUUAGACUUAUAGGAGUUGGAUUGUCAGUUUGGAGUCUUGCAACUCUAUGCUGUGGUUUUGCUUUUGAUUUCUGGACCAUUUCAAUCUGUCGCAUGCUAGUUGGUGUUGGUGAGGCUUCAUUUAUAAGUCUUGCAGCACCUUUUAUUGAUGACAAUGCCCCAGUUUCUCAGAAAACAGCAUGGCUUGCAAUAUUUUACAUGUGUAUACCAUCAGGAUAUGCGCUUGGCUAUGUCUACGGGGGUUUGGUUGGAAGUCAUUUUGGUUGGCGUUAUGCAUUCUGGGUAGAGUCUUUAUUGAUGCUUCCAUUUGCCAUUUCAGGGUUUUUUAUGAAGCCUCUGCAGUUGAAAGGUUUAGUUCCUGCUGAUUCAAAAAAGGCACUGGCACCUGAGACAGUUGUGUCAGAAGUUCAAGCUGCUUCAAAUGGAAAAGAUGAAUCGCUGUUCUUAAAGGCAGAACUCAGAGAUAAAAGCUCAAAUGACCAUUCCAAGUCAAAAUCCGCAACCAAAAUAUUUGAUCAGUUCUCAAGAUUUUUGAAUGAUAUGAAAGCACUUUUGCUUGAUAAGGUUUAUGUUGUCAAUGUUCUAGGUUACAUUGCAUACAACUUUGUCAUAGGUGCCUACUCGUAUUGGGGGCCCAAAGCUGGCUAUAAUAUAUAUCACAUGACUAAUGCAGAUUUGAUAUUUGGAGGAAUUACAAUUGUAUGUGGAAUAGUGGGAACUUUAGCUGGAGGCUUUGUUCUGGAUUUUAUGACCAACACCUUAUCAAAUGCAUUUAAGCUUCUAUCAACAACGACAUUUAUUGGUGCAGCAUUUUGUUUUGGUGCCUUCUUAUUCAGAAGCAUGUAUGGCUUCCUUGCUCUUUUCUCCAUUGGUGAACUUCUUGUUUUUGCCACUCAGGGUCCUGUGAAUUACAUAUGUCUCCGUUGCGUUAAACCAAGUUUGAGGCCUCUAUCCAUGGCUAUGUCUACAGUUGCUAUUCAUGUCUUUGGAGAUGUACCUUCCUCACCUCUUGUUGGAGUUCUUCAGGAUAACAUAAAUAACUGGAGAACGACAGCAUUGAUUCUAACAUCCAUAUUGUUCCUAGCAGCUGGAAUAUGGUUAAUCGGAAUAUUUUUGCAUAGUGUGGAUAGAUAUGAUGAAGACAGUGAGCAUCAGGUAUCAAAUGUAGAGAGGUCAAACACCAUGCCGUUGCUUCUAGAAAAGACUGGAGAAACAUCUGCAUCUUCUGCCCAACCGCAGUCCCCCUGAAUGUUGAUUUUGUGGUUUAUAUAUGCCUGUCCAAGCACAAAUUAUGUCGCACAGUCACAAUCCCUAUGAUGUUAAUAUGUUUCUUUCUUUUCUUAUUUUUUGUACAUUUAUUAUGUGUAUAAGCAUCAAUUUGCUCUUGGUUAUAAUGGAAAUUAUUUAGCAAGUGUAUUUCAGUUUUAUGCUUCACCAUC